CUGUUGUCUUGAGCCAUAGCUCUCAAGCACUCCUCACUCAUCUUACCAUUAUGGGCUUGGAUGGAUGUGAGGAGCCACAUGGUUGGUCAUAUAUGCUCACUGUAUUCUGUCUCUGGUAUGCUAAACAGCUGAUACUGAGUUCAAAAUGAAACUCGGUGUCUGUAUUGACAGCUGAGCCUUAUCACCUUUUGCUCUCUAGUUUCAGGUUGAAGAUGAAAUGUGUCGAGGAAAGAGCUGGGACUGUAGCACUCAGCCCAGCACAGGCCCAGAGCCCCCGUGAAAACCCCAGAAUAUCUUGGCUUGGAUAUUCUCAAGAGGAAGGUUUAAAGGCUGUGGGACCAUAAAAUGCAGAUGGUGGUAAGCAGUUGCUCUGGUACCUCAGUUUGGAUUCCUAGAUUAAACUGUUUGGUAACAGAAAUGAAGGAUGAAAUACAAGAAGUACAAAUAUUUAACAUUCAGGAGAGAACACCAGGUUGAUUCCAAUCCCAUUCCCGCCUGGACGUUCAUGCUGUAAAUCAUGGUUGUAUGAAAAACGAUAGUUGCGUUGUUUAGUGGAUUCUUUUGGAGAUCCAUCAUGUCUUUGUGUGAAGACAUGUUGCUCUGCAAUUAUCGGAAGUGUCGUAUCAAGCUCUCUGGUUAUGCUUGGGUCACUGCCUGCUCUCACAUCUUCUGUGACCAGCAUGGUAGUGGGGAGUUCAGUCGAUCCCCAGCGAUCUGCCCUGCUUGCAACAGUACCCUUUCUGGAAAGCUAGAUAUUGUCCGAACAGAGCUCAGUCCAUCAGAGGAAUACAAAGCUAUGGUAUUGGCAGGGCUUCGACCAGAGGUUGUUUUGGACAUCAGCUCCCGAGCAUUGGCCUUCUGGACAUACCAGGUACACCAGGAACGUCUCUAUCAAGAAUAUAAUUUCAGCAAGGCCGAGAACCACUUAAAACAGAUGGAGAAGAUAUAUACACAGCAAAUACAGAGCAAAGAUGUGGAGUUGACCUCUAUGAAAGGGGAGGUUACCUCCAUGAAGAAAGUUCUAGAAGAAUACAAGAAAAAGUUUAGUGAUAUCUCUGAAAAACUUAUGGAGCGCAAUCGCCAAUAUCAGAAGCUCCAAGGCCUUUAUGACAGCCUUAGGUUGAGAAAUAUCACUAUUGCCAGCCAAGAAGGCUCUCUGGAACCAGCUAUGAUCCCACAGUCGGGAGUCUUUGGCUUCCCAUCAGGGAAUAACUCAAAGUUUUCUUUGGAUCGUACACCAGCUGGAAACCAAGGUGGUGGAGAUGAAGAUGUUCAGUUCAGACCAUUUUUUGUGUGUUCUCCCACAGCACCUGAACCCAUUAACAACUUCUUUAGUUUUGCAUCUCAAAGCCAUGAAGCAGAGCAGCAAGUCUGCAGCAGGGCCUUUAAAGCAAAAAGAAUUUAGUUGAGUUUUCAUUCCCGUAUCCCUGAGUUCUCUUCACAUUUUGACCGUAGAAGAAGUUGGCUUACACUAGGGUAAUCCUGUUUGGUUUCUUCACUGUUUGCUUAGGGCAUGGGCAUUUCAUGAAUCUCAGUCAUGCUCACACAAUCACAUUGUUGCAGAGAUCCCGUUUCAGACCAAGCUGUGUUUAUGCUCAUGUAAGCACCAGUAUUAUAUUUACCUGGAGCUUUGGAUUCUAGCAUGUAUAUGUUAAGUGUGUGCAUUGAUUUUUUCUCUGCUAGUAUAUUUCUGUAAAAAUUAUGGUCUUGGAAAAUGAUGGCCAAAAAUGAUGGUCUUAGAAAAUGGCUUGCUAUUAACAUAUAUUUGACAGUCAUGUAUUUUCAUUUGUGUUACUUUGCUUUGGAGGUGUGCUUAUGACAGUUAAUGAAAGUGCAAUUUGAUGCAUAUGUGUUCUGUUUAUAUU